GGCCAUGUGACGAGUAUACACGAAUGAUGAAGCGCUGGACACCUUGACAUCUUCUGUUAAUCGCCUGUUUUUCACCCUCAGAUUUAGCUAUCCAGCCAAAGUUUAGUUCGUUUGUUUUCUACAUUAAAGGUGUCCCCGUGAGUCGCAGCCCUGCAUUCCAAAAAGGAAGACGAGUACUUCACCAUGAGCUCCGACGGGGAUGGUGACAUGGAGAAUCAGGCAGAGCUGGAGGAGAAGACGAGGCUCAUAAACCAGGUGUUGGAGCUGCAACACACUCUUGAAGAUCUGUCAGCGAGGGUGGAUGCAGUAAAGGAGGAGAACCUGAAGCUGAAGUCGGAGAACCAGGUUCUGGGUCAGUACAUCGAGAACCUGAUGUCGGCUUCCAGCGUGUUUCAGACCACGGACACCAAGAGCAAACGAAAGUAAGGAACUCUGGAAGCCCCCGACGGCCACCCCUCCUGCUAUGCUUCCCUCGCUCCUCAACCCACAGCUUCUCCACCCACUUCACCCCAGACCACUACCCUAACACCCACCUUCCAACCCCUUCUAUGAACUACAACCGUCAAAUCGAAUGCCUUUAGCCCUCCUGACCACUUCUCACAUCAUGCUUUGGUUUACAUUUUCAAUUUUACGGUAAAGCUGCAAUGUCAAAUGUUUACGUUCGAUUACUCAUCGAUUACCCUUUGUAUUUAUGUUACGGUACAUACUUGCUAUGGUUGCCAUUGUUUCAUGUUGUCUGUUACAUGUUUAUAUUAAUCAUGAAGUCACUAAGUGAAAAUAUUCUCAGAAGGGAACAGUCUGAAUACAUUCUAAAUGUAAUGUUUAUGUAAUUGCCAUUAGCUGUUUUUAGACAAUGCUUUUAGAUGUAGACUCUACAAUGACUAUGACCUUGCUCCACUGCCAAACAUGUUUUUCAUUUGAGUCAACCAUUCCACGUGUCGAUCUUAAUCCAAACUCAAAAUGGUUUCAAACGGGAGUCCAGCACAGAAUGUAUCCGCUGUAAAUUGUGCAGUUGAUACAAAAACUUAGACCAAUGGUGGAGAAGGUUCAUUGCACCUGUAAGGCUGUGGAAGUCACCUUAAACCUGAAGUGUUUAUGCAGCAUACACUUGUGAAAUUCAAAUAAGUUGCAGAUUUCAAAAGAAAAUUGUUUUAAUAAAAAAAGUGUUUGCCUUUUUAUGACCUGGU